AUGCCAAAGCAAAAGAGGUACAAGAAUCUACUUAAAGCAGCAGCCGCAGCUGCAAAUUCUUCACAAGACAAGUCCGCAGCAGCUGCAAAUACAUCACAAGUCAAGUCCGCAGCAGCUGCAAAUUCCUCCCGGGACAAGUCUGCAGCAGCUGCAAAUUCCUCCCGAGACAAGUCGGCAGCUUCAAAUUCAUCUCGGGACAAGUCGGCAGCUGCAAGUUCCUCUCGGGACAAGUUGGCAGCAGCUGCAAGUUUCUUCCAGGACAAGUCGGCAGCUUCAAAUUCCUCUCGGGACAAGUCGGCAACAGUUGCAAGUUCCUCCCGGGACAAGUCGGCAGCUUCAAAUUCUUCUGAGCCAUCAUCAGUUGCUGCAAUUAUAUCUGAGUAUCCAUCCAAACCUAAACGUAAACGUGGACGUGAAUCUAAACAUUAUUGGACUGUUGAUGCCAUAGAUGAAUACGGAGAUAGUACACGUCUUCAUUUAUUAGUGAAGGAUGUGCAUAAUUUGCCAGAAGGUUUGCGCAUAGUUGUCAAUUUUGAUAAAGAUUAUGCAGCAAUAAGAGAAGCAGCUGGACUCCUUGCAGGAGGAUUGGAUCAGGAGAGUGAGAUUCCAUCACCAAAAGAGUUAGGAAGUAGGUCUUCUGGAGCAAGCAAUAAGGAAGCAUGA